AUGCCUCCGCCAUUACGCACCCCGGUGCCCUCGACGAGCCUACUUCGAUUCCUGCGAUCGCAAACGGAGACGUCGUCAGUGUUCGGCCCGGGCCGGUGUGCUGCUCUUCGACCUGGCCAGGCUCGACCUGCGGCUCAUAACCAACAGUGUCCCGCAAAGAGGACUCCGAGGACGGGUGUGAGAUCGAUUACCACGACCUGCAAGGGACCCGAGUUGCUUCGAACCUCGCCCCGCAGACCCGAGCUCGUCACACUGCGGGCAACUCGCAAGCGCAGUGGCGCAACGAUUGUCUCCUUCAGCACGACAUGCAUGAGGCGCGAUGCCUGCGGUGACGAAUCUUCCGCCCCGCGCCGGACAUGGAAGGAGAGGCUUUGGGGUAUGAAGGGAAGGGGAGGGGCCAAACCGCUACAACCCAAUGACCUCCCUGCUCACGAUGACGGCGAGGCUGGCUCGAUGUUCAACAAUCGCCGAAUCCUAGCCGCAAAAGCUGCGCUGGAACCGAGGCUGCGAUGUACCGAGGUGGACGAGACUGGCGAGGUUAUCCUGGUGGAUGGGGAGUUCAAGAAGACGGAGCUGAUCGCAAAGUAUGGCCUUCUGCCUCGUGAUCUGCGAAAGAUCGACUCUUCCAACCUGCCUCACAUUCUAGUCCGCCAGUCGGCGAUUCUUCUCAACCUCUUGCACUUGAAAGUGCUCAUCAAGAAGGACCGCGUGCUGCUCUUCGAUGUAUACGGCUCCAAGACCUCGUACCCGCAGUCGGCCUUCAUGUACGAUCUGCAAGGCAAACUGAAGCAAAAGCAGGCACACGGCGGCGUCAACGGCCUGCCCUACGAAUUUCGCGCUCUCGAAGCCGUCUUGACAUCCGUCACCUCGGAACUGGAAGCCGACUUUGAAUCGGUCAGAGACCCCGUCAUCCGUGUCCUCAGCGAGCUCGAGGACGAUAUCGACCGGCACAAGCUUCGUAUCCUCCUCAUUCUCUCGAAGCGGGUGAGCACCUUUGAGCAGAAGGCCAAGCUCGUGAGGGACGCCAUCGAGGAGCUGCUGGAGGCUGACGACGAUCUCGCGGCCAUGUACCUGACCGAGAAGGCACACGAUCUGUACCGCGGCGUGGACGACCACACGGAAGUCGAGUUGCUCUUGGAGUCGUACAACAAGCUUUGCGACGAAAUCGUUCAGGAGGCUCAGAACUUGGUUUCCAGCAUCCGCAACACCGAGGAGAUGUAUGUGAACCAAAAUCCCUUUGACCCAGACGCCACAUUAGCUAACUCUCCGCCCAGCAUCCGCGCCAUCCUGGACGCAAACCGCAACUCCCUCAUGUUGCUCGAUCUCAAGUUCUCCGUAGGCACCCUCGGCCUCGCCAUGGGCACCUUCCUCGCGGGCCUCUACGGCAUGAACCUCGAAAACUUCAUCGAGGAGACGAACUGGGGCUUCGCGGGCGUCACCGCCAUCUCCUGCGGCUUCUCCCUCCUCGUCUGCUGGUACGGCCUCGUCAAGCUCCGCAAGGUCCAGCGCGUCAAGAUGAUGUUUGACGAGCGCGGGCCCCUGACCACCCGCAACGCCGGCGCCAGCGGCCCAGCCAGCCGCGGCGGAAGCCAGCACUGGUUCCAGGACGACGGCGCUGUUGGCCUCCUCGAGGCCCGGAAUCGCGAAAAGUUCAGACGGGUGACGAACCAGAAGGCAGCCGCUGCCAGCUCCAAAACGGCCGCCAAGAAGUCGUGGUUCCAGUAA